AUGCCGGACAUGGCGGCCUGCGGAGACUUUCAUACUGUUCUCAUCCGAUCUCAUGGAGAAGCAGCUGCCUUUGGCGACAACAGAUACGGUCAGUGUGAGGUUCCGAUCCUGCCGAAGAGUCUACGCUACGUAUCAGCUGCGGCAGGUUGUCGUCACACUGUUUUGCUCCGCAGCGACGGCAAAGCAAUCGCUUUUGGAGCAAAUGAGCACGGACAAUGUGAUGUGCCACCGCUGGGGGCUGGCAAACAUUAUGUUCGAGCGGCUGCCGGAAACUGGCACACAGUCUUGCUGUGCAGCGACGGCGAAGCUAUUGCUGUAGGCCGGCGUCAAGAAGGGCAGUGUGCAGUCCCAGCCUUGACGACAGAGCAGCCGGAGCCAUCUGCGGUCAACAAAACCGAUGCUCAGGCCAAGGACAUUGCUGUCCAAACUGGCGGUUUGCAGCAAGAUAUUCGUCGACUUGGCCACUCACGAGUAAAAAGACAGCCCGACAAGAAAGGUGCCAGGCAACUGAGAUAUGUGGCUGUAGCUGCUGGGACAUUUCACACCCUCUUGCUUCGAAGCGACGGACUGUCGGUUGCUUGUGGGUCUUACAAAAGCCAGGGGUUGAUACCUCAACCUCCAAGAGGAGUGAAAUACAUUGACGUGGCAGCGAAUCAGGAAAACACACUGUUACUGCGCAGUGACGGGCAAGCGAUUGCAUGUGGGCCAGACGAUGGAAGCGAGCGUCAACAGAUUCCAUUUACUCAAGCCGGGCAGGAGUACGUUGCCAUAGCUGCCGGUGCUCAUCACAGUGUUGUGUUGCGCAGUGAUGGGACUGUCCUGGCAUUUGGACACAACUGUGACGGUCGCUGCAACGUUCCCCCGCUACCUGCCGGAACCUGCUACACCAGUAUAGCAGCUGGUUUACGACACACGGUGCUUUGGCGGAGUGAUGGCGUCGCCUUGGCUUUCGGAAGCAUCUCGCUUCCAGCAGGAUGCCCACGAGUUCGGGCCGGUCCUUGUGAUGUGCCUCCGCUUCCGCUUCCGGCAUUGCGGGCAUUGCGGGGUAGCUCUGACUCGCUAAGUCUGCGACCGCCGCUGGAGCCAGCCCCGAGCACUCGCAGAGCCUCAAAGGAGCACUUGGAGAGUCCAUUUGUCUUGGAUGGCUGA